CAAAUCUCAGCCACCUUGGCGUUAUUCUUUUGCUCAUAAACCUCAACGCAGUAACAUUCUCAAUUCUGUUGUGUCUGAAGGUAGAGAAUUCUGUCCAAGCCUUCUGUUGAAAUACUAAUAAUUUCUGAUUUCUGAAGUCAUGUCUCCUCUGAGCGGGAAGGUCCAGACAGUCCUGGGUCUGAUUGAUCCGGAACAACUGGGUCGCACUAUGACCCAUGAGCACCUGACUAUGAGCUUCGAGUGCUCCUACGUCCCCCCGGCUCCUGGACACCAGGACAAUUCCUUGGCUCCGAUCCAGCUGAAGAACAUGCACUGGCUCCAGCAGAAUCCGUACAGCCACCAGGAAAACCUACUGCUGUGUCAGGAGAUUGAAACAGUGCGAGAUGAACUGGUUUGCUUCAAGAAGGCUGGAGGAGGCACCAUUGUGGAGAACACGACGACGGGUAUAAGUAGAGAUCUGCCCGCUUUACGCCAGCUGGCCAAGGACACAGGGGUCAACAUCGUGGCAGGGGCCGGCUACUACGUGGAUGUCACUCAUUCUGAUGAGACGAGAAAGAUGACAGUAGAGAAGCUCACUGAUGUGAUGGUGAACGAGGUGUCACACGGCGCCGACGGCACAGAUAUCCGCUGUGGCGUGAUCGGAGAGAUCGGCACAGGAUGGCCGAUCACAGAGAGCGAAAAGAAAGUACUGCGUGCCACUGCACAUGCUCAGGCUAAGCUGGGCUGUCCGGUUAUCAUCCACCCGGGUCGGAACCCUGCCGCCCCCGGCGAGAUAGUCCGAAUCCUUCAGGAGGCUGGAGGAGACAUCUCGAAAACCGUAAUGUCUCAUCUGGACAGAACCAUAUUUGACCACGGUGAGUUGCUGGACUUUGCAAAAUUAGGAAGCUAUCUUGAGUACGACCUCUUCGGGACAGAACUGCUGGACUACCCCUUUAAUUUGGACAUCGACAUGCCCUGUGACAGCCAGAGGGUUCAAACUCUGGCGUUUCUGAUUAAAGAAGGCUAUGAGGACAGGAUCGUCAUCGCUCAUGACAUCCACACCAAGAACCGACUGACCAAAUAUGGCGGCCACGGAUACUCCCACAUCCUGAAGAACAUCGUCCCCAAAAUGCUAUCCAGGGGCAUCAGCCAGAAGCAGGUGGACAAGAUACUGAUAGACAACCCCAAGCAGUGGCUAACCUUUAAAUAGAUCUAACAUUUAAGUCUGAUCAUCUGAUAGAGUCACGUGAUCAUGCAGCAGACGAGCGGUGCUUCAGUAAGGAGAAAUUACAGUGUGGGAUGCUUCCAAUAAUACCGUUUGACGCCAUCAGAGUGAUUUAAAAAAAAAAAAAAAAGCAAACAAAACAAACGAUAAAUUUCUGCAGCUUUAACUACAAAAUGAUUUUGUGUGAGUGUAAUUUGGCCACACCUUGUGGCUAGUCAAUCAUCAUCCAAUUCAAUCGAUGUAGAUUUCAAGGCUGUUGUUUUGUAUUUUCAUCUGGGAAAACGGCUGGAUUUGAUUCAUCCGGAGGAUAAUUAAAGGAGGGUUCGGAGAAGUCGUUCAAUACCCCAGACAUGAAAAUGAAUAACACAGCACCUGAUUUCAGACAAAAACCUUCUGCUAAUCAUUCUGCUUCAAUGGGACAUCACGUCUGGACUGUCAUUGUGGGGUUUUUUUUUUGUAUUUUUUUCCUUCCAAUCUUAAUUAAAAACACAAUAAUGCUUUUAAUCGCAAUAACAACACGUAUUAACUGCAGGGAAGUAGCACUUAUUUUGCAGAAUCCUUUAACCCUGAAUCACUGCUGCUUAAACAUCAGUUAAUAAUCAUUAGUCAGUAUCGUUUCAUAUAUGAGGUGUCGUUUUGGUUCUCAGAUGGAAACACAAUGAUUUGAUGAUUUAUAUCCACUAUAUGUGAAACUCCGAAUAAACACUUUGAAUAAAUUACAAGAAAGGAAAUAAAUGCUAUAAAAAAAUUCUUGUUAACUUGUUCUCACAGUCCUUUGUCCAUUUACAGGUCAGUGAUAGUGUUUUAGUUUUAUUAAAUGUCCAAGGAUUGUACAGGGAUCUUUUUUGGAGUUUGCACUGGAAAUUCUGGAGGAUGUUCAUUACAGUGAUGUCUUUUGUUGUCCACCCAACAUUUAGCUAACAUAAGACGGCCACCAACUGUGUAGGGUGAAUGCUAACACGUGCUUCCUCUGAGACACGUGAAGCCAUCCACAUGCACAUGCUGUAUCACAGCGCAGCAUAACACACUUAGAGGAACGUGCAAUCCGCCCUCUUCCGCAUACCCGAUCUCAUAGAUGCACAUGAUUGGCUAGUGUCGUUGUGAUUGACAGGUAUAGAAUUCCCUGAUUCCACUGGUCACGUGAUUUUGUCAAAACAUUGUGUGUGAAUUUCUUUAGGUCAUGUUGCAUGAUCCCACUAAUAACUGUUUAUUGUUUUCCUAUAACCUCACACCCUCCUUAUUUAUCAGACAGACAGAUAGAUAGAUAGAUAGAUAGAUAGAUAGAUAGAUAGAUAGAUAGAUAGAUAGAUAGAUAGAUACUUAUUCAUCUGAUAUUUAUAGAGCUGCAUACUUUUCCGAAGUUUAUCACUGCUGUCUGUCUGUCUGUCUGUCUGUCUGUCUGUCUGUCUAUCUAUCUAUCUAUCUAUCUAUCUAUCUAUCUAUCUAUCUAUCUAUCUAUCCUGAUUUACCAAGCAUGUAUUUCCAGCUGCAUAAUAACUUUAUUAUUUUACCUUCUUGAUUUGACAUUUUAUGUAUAAUGUUGAGUUACAUUUUUCAGAAAUGGCUCUGGAUGGAAUUUGCUCCUGUUUUUGUUAAAGUAAAUUUUAUCAAACCCAUUCCUGCUCUCUGAGACGCCCCAAGUGCUUGUUCAUAAUCAUCUAAAACUUGAAGGUGUUAUCAUUAAAAUUCAACAGAUCCUCAAACUGAAAGCCCUAAAAAAUAAAGUCCUUAUUUUUUUUAGCCUA